AGCAAUAGGGAGAAGGAUCUUUUACUUGUUCCAUCAUCUUCGGGCGGCGUAUCGGUUAUUCAGUGGCCUCCUUUUCUUCUUGCUAGUAAGAUACCCAUAGCACUUAACAUGGCCAAAGAUUUCAAGGGGACCGAUAAGGAGCUAAUAAAAAAAAUCGAGCGUGAUAACUACAUGCUUUAUGCGGUGAUAGAAUGCUAUGAAAGCUUGAGAGACAUACUUACAGACCUUUUCACAGAUCAGCAUGAUAAGGAUCUUAUCAAAGGUAUAUGUAAACAUGUGGAAUCGAGCAGAGAGGAACAGAAACUUUUGAGCAACAUUCGAAUGAGUGAACUGCCUCAGCUCAGUAGUAGAUUGGAGAAACUACUAAAUCUUUUGAAAAGUGAGCAUGAAGAUCUGGAAUCUGUAAGGACACCAAUCAUCAAUGUACUGCAGGAUGUGAUGGAGAUCAUUACUCAGGAUGUUAUGGCUAACAAACCAGAAAUUUUGAAAGGAUUCCAAGGGGAAACAACGGAUAAUGAUGAAGAAAGAAAGCAAAAAUAUGAAAAUAUAGACCUGAAUUUAAUGGCCAAUUCAACUUGGAUGGAAAAGGUCGUUAGGCUUCAUUUACUGUUGACCGUCAAGGAAUCUGCAAUAAAUGUACCAACAAAUUUGGAUGCUCGACGUAGGAUGACUUUCUUUGCUAACUCCCUAUUUAUGAAAAUGCCAACUGCUCCUGAAGUUCAUGAGAUGAUGUCCUUCAGUGUUUUGACUCCAUAUUACAAAGAAGAGGUGCUCUAUUCAGAGGAUGAACUUAGAAGAAAGAACGAAGAUGGGAUAUCCACAUUAUUUUACCUACAAAAGAUAUAUCCCGAUGAGUGGAGUAACUUUCUUGAACGCAUAAAAUUUGUACCGAAAGAUGAAGAUUCACUGAAAGAAAAGAUGGAUGAUGUCCGUCAUUGGGUAUCUUACAGAGGCCAAACACUUGCUAGAACAGUGAGAGGGAUGAUGUACUAUAGAAAGGCCCUCGAGCUUCAAUGCUCCCUCGACAUGAAAAAGGAUUGGGUUAAUGCUGGUGGAUCUCAAGUAUCCUAUCAAGAACAGAUGGCUUAUGCUGCAAAGUCUGUAGCUAUUGCUGAUAUCAAGUUCACUUACGUUGUUUCAUGUCAGAUCUAUGGAGUGCAGAAAGCAUCGAAGGAACUUCAAGAAAAGUUGCGCUAUCAGAAUAUUCUCAAUCUCAUGAUAAAGUACCCAUCAUUGCGAGUUGCUUACAUAGAUGAGAAAGAAGAGAUGGUAGAUGGAAAAUCAGAGAAAAGCUACUAUUCAGUUCUUGUUAAAGGUGGUGACAAAUGGGACGAGGAAAUUUACCGCAUCAGGCUCCCUGGUAAACCGACUGCUAUAGGUGAGGGAAAGCCUGAAAAUCAAAAUCAUGCAAUAAUUUUCACCAGAGGAGAAGCGCUUCAAACAAUUGAUAUGAAUCAGGACAAUUACCUUGAAGAAGCAUUUAAAAUAAGGAAUGUUUUGGAGGAGUUCCACGCUAAAAAGCAUGGAACGCAUAAACCUACAAUAUUGGGUCUUCGUGAACAUAUUUUUACUGGAAGUGUUUCUUCUCUUGCCUGGUUCAUGUCGAACCAAGAGACCAGCUUUGUUACUAUCGGACAACGGGUUCUUGCUAACCCUCUAAGGGUUCGGUUCCACUAUGGUCACCCUGAUGUAUUUGAUAGAAUCUUCCAUAUUUCAAGGGGUGGCAUAAGUAAGGCUUCCAAAGUAAUCAAUCUUAGUGAGGAUAUUUUUGCAGGAUAUAACUCAACUAUGCGUGGAGGAAAAGUUACACAUCAUGAAUAUAUGCAAGUUGGAAAGGGACGUGAUGUCGGGAUGAACCAAAUUUCCCUCUUUGAGGCGAAAGUAGCUAGCGGGAAUGGUGAGCAAACACUAAGCCGUGAUGUUUAUCGGUUGGGGCGGAGGUUUGACUUUUACAGGAUGUUGUCGUUUUACUUCACCACAGUGGGCUUCUACUUCAGUAGCAUGUUGACCGUACUUACCGUAUACGUGUUCCUGUACGGAAGGCUAUACCUAGUCAUGAGUGGUCUAGAAAGAUCUAUUCUCGAGGACCCUCGUAUCCAAUCAAACCUCAAGCCCCUUGAGAACGCGCUCGCCUCGCAAUCUGUUUUCCAGAUCGGAUUACUCCUUGUCCUCCCCAUGGUCAUGGAAGUCGGUUUGGAAAAAGGGUUUCGCACGGCCAUAGGUGAGUUCAUAAUCAUGCAGCUUGAAUUGGCCGCGGUCUUCUUCACUUUCCAGCUCGGGAGCAAAGUCCACUACUAUGGGCAAACUAUACUCCAUGGCGGAGCAAAGUAUAGAGCAACCGGCCGCGGGUUUGUUGUAGUGCAUGCGAAAUUUGCAGAAAAUUACCGUCUCUACUCCCGAAGCCACUUUGUCAAAGGAUUGGAGCUGAUGAUACUUCUAAUCGUCUACCUAGUCUACGGGAAGUCCUACCGGAGCUCAAAUCUAUAUCUAUUUGUCACGUACACCAUGUGGUUCUUGGUCGCCUCGUGGCUUUUCGCGCCUUUUUUGUUUAAUCCUUCAGGGUUUGAGUGGGAGAAGACAGUAAACGAUUGGGUGGAUUGGAAGAAGUGGAUGGGGAACAGGGGCGGUAUAGGCAUCGCGGUGGAAAGCAGUUGGGAAUCGUGGUGGGAGGGUGAGCAGGGGCAUUUGAGAUCCAUGAGUGCAAGGGGACUAUUGUUAGAGAUUAUCCUGGACCUCCGUUUCUUGAUUUACCAGUAUGGGAUUGUUUACCACCUCCAUAUAGCGCACCAUAGUCGAAGUAUUCUGGUCUAUGCACUUUCAUGGCUGGUUAUGUUGACUGUUCUGGUUGUUUUAAAGUUGGUUUCAAUGGGAAGGCGGAGAUUUGGUACGGAGUUCCAGCUUAUGUUCCGGAUCCUCAAGGCCCUUCUGUUCCUAGGGUUUGUCUCUGUAAUGACCGUACUAUUCGUCGUCUGUGGCCUCACAAUUGGCGAUGUCUUUGCUAGUAUCUUGGGUUUCAUGCCGACUGGUUGGGCUUUUCUCCUGGUAAGUUCGUACCUCUGUUGCUACCCCCUAACUAGGGGAAAAAAAAGAGAAAGGAAAGGGAAAAAAAAAUAUUAACUUAGACUCCGAACCUUUUCACGCAUACAGUUCAACUCCUAAACUUACUCUCAUGUACUCGGAUUCGCUUCCCAACUGCUAAAUAUAAUUUGACAACCCGCGCCCCGCG